AUGCAUACCAAGACGUUCAUCCACCAGCUUCAUGCAAUAUUGAAUGAUGCUACCCUUGCCGAGUGGAUUCGUUGGUCCGAUGAUCAAGAUGGUGUGUUUGUACUGAGGCCGUACGACAAGUGGUUCAGUACUUUAGUUUUGAAAAGAUAUUUUAAACAUGGUAAUGUGAGUAGUUUUGUUCGUCAGUUGCACAUGUAUGGUUUCCAUAAGCUAUCCAACUUCGGUUCUGAAAGUUCUGCUUCUGGUGGGUCUUCCAUCUCGCAAUUGCAUGGACCACCGCCACCAGCAAAAGAUAAGUCAGCAACCGUUUGGUUCUUUACACAUCCACUGGGGAUAUUUACUAGAAAUGCAAGUGCGGCUACUUUGAACAGGAUUCCAAGGAAAAGUACGGGUGUUGGCAGAGAUGGUAAAAGGAAGAACGUUUUAUCGACAGUUUGUGUCAAUUACAUUUCACAAAAUGAUCCUGGUAGGGCUACUUCACCACUUAGUAAAGCUCCUGAGGAUCUACCGUCAGCUGAAAUCAAUACUGGAGCUACUAGUGAUCGUCGACACUAUAAUUCGUUACCGGUGUUACCGCACUUAUACAUUAGAGACCAAAUUUGGAAUAAAUCGAGAGCGAUCUCAUUACCAGACAUUACCCAACGACAUGUACCGACUGCGGCGACACCCGGUUCUGCUGCUCCCACAACACAGUCGCAUGCACAUGCACAAAUGGGGGCACAACCAUGGUAUUAUACAUCAUCUUCACCAGCUUUUACACAAUUACCGACAGACGUACAAUCAAAUGUACAUUACUUAGAACACACGAUGGUUAAAAUUGUUGAAUUAUUACCACUGCUCUGCAAGGGCUCCAUACCACAUCAAGACUCUCAAGAAAUUUUGAAUACGUUACGGUCAUUGAGACGAGAAUUACUUUCGAGGGAUGCGAGGUUUAAUGAUUCUUCACCUUCUUUUAGUUCGGUGCCGUCAAAUUUCGAUGAUACAAAAAAUUGGUAUAAUGAGUAA